AUGAAGUUCGACCUUACCACCCUCGCCGUUCUUGCGCUCGCCAGCACUCCGACCGUGCUCGCCGACGACUGGAAGUGCAACGGCUCCUGGAACGAUGGUGGCCUGAAGCGCUACUCGUGGAAGUUCAAGGGCUACUGCGAGGAUCGCUCGGGCCAGUGCUUCCUCGACAAGAUUCGCUCCAAGGGCCUGACUGCACACAACUGGCAAUGCUGGAAGACCGAUGAUGAUGGUUGGUGGCAGGCCGACGUUUCUGUCACGGCCGGUCUGGCCUGGCAGAUCAACAACGCCAUUCAGGAUGUGACCGAUUCAUGGAGGGGUUGCUGGCCGAACCAGGAGGACGAUGGAGUCGUGACGGCGAUUGCGAGGGUCUUUGGGAUGUGGAGGGGGCGGAGAAGGGUUUGA